GUUCGUCUGCAUGCCGUGUUUUGGUUACACAGCAGUGAUCCAGGGAAAGUUACCAUCGGCAUGAGGAUGAUGUAUUGAUAGUCAUCAGUUGUGCUACACGCAAUAACAUCAUAUUGGUCAAGUUUCCAAGUACAAUAAAUUUUCAUUGGGGUUCACGAUGUCAAAAUCUGAUAGUGACGAUGACGAGUUCGAGAGCGCAGACGAAGGUGACGAAUCAACAGAUGAGAGUUGCAAUGAAGAGGAGUAUACGUCAAAUGGAAACAUUUCAGCGGUGCAAACAGGGUUGAGUAAAGAAAAGGAAGAAGUACUGAAAGAACUAGAUGAAGACAAGCCAGUUGCAGCUCCUAAACUUACUGGAAUUGUAGACCCUUCAAAUAAUUCUGAAAGUCCUGUCUGUUUCUCAGAAGAGUUUCCACAUAAUGAAGAACUGAAGGAUGUUAAUGCUACUUCUACUGAAGACCAAAUAGCUCACACACAUGAAAUUCCACAUUCUAGCAAUACUUUGAAUAAGAUUCCUCCUGGUGAUGCACAAACUCAACAGGAAGACAACAAAAAUGAAACUACCGAGUUGCAAGAUAAUGUUCCCACAGAUUCUCUACCAAAAACUGUUGAUGAAACUAUUCCUCCUACUGAGCUAAUCUGUGAGGAUGCCCAAGUGCCAUCUCAUAUAGUAAACAAGAUUUCAACAAUGAGGAAUAUCUCUAAUCGUGGAAAAGUAAGAUCCAAGCCAACCCUAGGAGCAAAGAAACUAGGAGCAGUGAAAUUAUCCCAGCCACCUGAAUCUCCUAAUCUUGCCUUAUCAAAAAAUAAUUCCAAAGAAAUUUCCAAAGAGGUAGUCCCUUCUUCUGCUCAGCAGACUAGCGCAACUUCCAAUCCGAAUCCGAGGGAUGAUGGAUGGGGUUGGUUUGCUCCACCAAAGUCGCUGAUGUCAUCCGUGGCCUCGCUAACUAAUCAAAUACUUUCAACUGUGGAGAACGGUUUGAACAUUCCGGAACCCGAAGAUUUAGCCAAAGAAGAUAUGCUAUUUCCCGAUAAAAAAUGCACUGAGGUCGAAGACCAGGUUCCUAAGCAAACAACUCAAGAAGAAAAAACUGCGGGCUUUACUCAGCUCUCUCUCUUUGGCGGAGUCAGCAAUAUCACCAAAUUCGUUGAGACUACGAGUAACAGUUUAUUCUCUACUGGAUUGGAUACUCUCGAACUUUUGGGUAAGAAAACCAUCGAUGUUUUACAACAAUCCGACCCUGGACUAAAACGAACGAAAGCUGUGCUUGCAAAUCCACUUCACGGUUCACAGGAUCGCCCAUGUCUCUCACAGAUUUUACGAGAAGCUAAAGAAAUCAGCGAGGUUGCAAUUACUGAUUCGGCAUCGGCAACGGGUUCUUCAGAAUCAGUAAUUCCUAAACUUACGGGUUUAUUUGAACUCCAUAAUGGAAUUGUUCAUCUGGAAGCUCUAGAAAUGCUUUCCCAACAAUGUCAAAACCGCGUUGCACCCCAAAUCCGUCGAUUGCCUUCAGAGAGGAAAGCCAUUGUAGAUGAGAUAGCUGUGCUUUGUUCUCGAACGGAUGACACUGAAGAUAGCGACGGUUCCAACUCAGAUGUGCUUGAUUUGCAAGCUCUCGAGCAAAAUCUUUCAAAUUGUUUUGAUCGUAUAAGUCUCGAGCUGUCGUUGAAGAAAUUAAUGAAUGCUUUUAGAGAUGGAAUGUCAGACUCGGUGGAAGUUAGCUCAUCAUUAGAGGUCUACCGACGUGCCUUAGACUCGUUAGCCUUGGUUACGUCACUUGCGGUUGAACUCUUUCACAAAGGCGCUGAACUCACUCUGAUGGCAAGCAAACCCUCCAAUCCGACAAUCGGUGCACGGUUGGAAGCUGAAACUUUUCAGAGUGUGACAAAUGUUUUGGCGGCAGAGAUUUCGAAGCUGGGUAGCCAUCAUGCUAAUCAAAUUAUUUGGGUGAAAGACGCCGACCAUACGAAUUAUUCGACUGACAUUUAUUACGAAGCCUCUAAUUGUCGCUCCUACUUAGAGAAUGCUUUGAAGCUAAUGAUACCGAUCCUACAAUCACGCGUUCUCUAAGCGCUAUUUACUUUCCAAUGCUGCGACUUAGAGGGUUUCCUAAAGCUGUUUCUAUGCAUAACCAAAAUCUAAAUUCCGGUUUUUUCUGCUAUUGUUCGGUCUACAAAUGGCAUGCUAUGUUUCGUUGGGUGGAUUAAAUACAAUGGUCUAAAAAGGA